UCGUGACAGGCAAAGCUUGCAGCUCUGACUGUCAACAUGGCGGCACGCACUGCUACAGGGCUGUGCCGAGCUCCCCGCUACUACUAGGGACAAAUAAACACAGAGACACCCCAAAAUGGAGACCGAAGAGGAGCAGCACAUCACCACGCUCCUCUGUAUGGGCUUCCCAGAUCCGGACGUGAUCAGGAAAGCGCUGCGUUUAGCCAAGAACGACAUCAACGAGGCAGUGGCGCUCCUGACCAACGAAAGCCCCGGACUCGGGUAUGGAUACGAGCCGAUGGAGAGCGGGCCUGCCCCCAAUCCCAGCUCAUCUGGAGACGGGGAAAACAGCGGGAGAAGCGGCACAGGGGGGUUUGACCCGCCGCCAGCUUACCACGAUGUUGUGGAUAGCGAGAGAAACAAUGAUGAGAAUGGGAACUGCUCUGGUGGCAGUAUGGAGUUUCCCACCACUAACCUGUAUGAGCUGGAGAGUCGGGUAUUCACUGACCACUGGUCCAUCCCCUACAAGAGAGAGGAGUCUUUGGGCAAGUGCCUCAUCGCCUCCACCUGCUUGGCUCGACACGGUCUGGCUGAUGCUGAUGAGAAUUGCAAGCGAUUUAUGGAUCGGUGCAUGCCAGAGGCCUUCAAAAAGUUGCUGACCAGCAGUGCAGUUCACAAGUGGGGCACAGAGAUUCAUGAGGGCAUCUACAACAUGCUGAUGCUGCUGGUAGAGUUGGUGGCAGAAAGGGUUAAACAAGACCCGGUGCCUGUGAAUCUAAUGGCAGUUUUAACCAUGGCCUUCAACCCUGACAAUGAAUACCAUUUUAAGAAUCGAAUGAAGUCGUGUCAGAGGAACUGGGCUGAGGUUUUUGGAGAGGAAGCCAACAUGUUUGCUGUGUCUCCCAGCAACACCUACCAGAAAGAGCCACAUGGUUGGCUAGUGGACCUGGUGAAUCGGUUUGGAGAAUUGGGUGGAUUCUCUGCCAUCCAGACCAAACUCAACGCAGAGGAAAUUGAGAUUGCUUGUGUGUCAGCUCUGGUCCAGCCUCUUGGUGUAUGUGCCGAGUACCUAAACUCCAGUCUUGUCCAGCCCAUGCUUGAUCCAGUCAUACAUAAGAUGAUCACAUAUGUGCAGAACCUGGAGGAAAAGGAUCUCAAAGAUAAGCGUCUUGUGAGCAUCCCAGACCUGCUCUCAGCCAUUAAACUCCUGUGUAUGAGGUUCCAAAGAGACUUGGUCGCUGUGGUGGACGACCUGAGAUUGGACACUCUGCUGCGAAUGCUCAAAACGCCACACUUCUCCACCAAAAUGAACUCCCUAAAAGAGGUCACCAAACUCAUAGAGGAGAGCACUGUGUCUAAAACAGUCAAAAAUGCCAUAGACACAGAUAAACUUUUAGACUGGCUUGUUGAAAACUCAGUCCUAUCAAUAGCACUGGAAGGUAACAUUGACCAAGCCCAAUACUGUGAGAGAAUAAAGGGAAUCAUAGAACUUCUUGGGAGUAAAUUGUCACUGGAUGAACUGACCAAAAUCUGGAGGAUACAGGCUGGCCAGUCGUCAACAGUGAUUGAAAACAUUCACACAAUCAUUGCUGCUGCUGCUGUGAAGUUCAGCUUUGAUCAGCUCACCCACCUCUUUGUCCUUAUUCAGAAGAGUUGGGAAAUUGAGAGCGACCGAGUGAGACAGAAGCUGCUCAGUCUGAUUGGGAGAAUUGGCAGAGAGGCCCGAUCUGAAACAACAACUGGAAAGGUGCUAGAGGUGCUGUGGGAGCUGGCUCACCUCCCCACCUUACCCACCAGUCUGGUUCAGCAGGCCUUAGAGGAGCACCUGGGGAUCCUGAGUGACGCCUACGCUGUCAAGGAAACUGUGAAACGCAGUUACAUCAUUAAAUGUAUUGAGGAUAUUAAAAAGACACAAACUCAAGAGGACGGUAAAAGCAGUGAGACCCAGACCUCAUUUCUAACUGGCACUUGGGGCAAGAAGAAGCCCAACCUUUUGGUCAAAGCCUCCUCCCAACAGAGCAGUCCACAGGCUGUUUGGGUCGUCCCUGCUCUAAGACAGCUGCAUGAAAUCACCCGUUCUUUCAUCAAGCAGACAUAUCAGAAGCAAGACAAGAGCAUUAUUCAGGACUUGAAGAAGAACUUUGAGAUAGUGAAGUUGAUCACAGGAUCUCUGGUGUGCUGCCAUCGCCUUGCCGCCUCUGCUUCGGGAAACAUUGGGCUCUCAGGAUCAACCGUGGUGGAUGGACGAUACACCUAUCAGGAGUAUCUGGACAGCCACCUGCGGUUCCUGGCUUUCUUCCUCCAGGAGGCCAGUCUGUACCUGGUCUGGAACAGGGCCAAAGAGCUCUGGGAGUGUCUAGUGUCUGGACCAGACGUCUGCGAGCUUGACAGAGAAAUGUGUUUUGAAUGGUUCACCAAAGGACAGCAUGACCUGGAAAGUGAUGUGCAGCAACAGCUUUUCAAAGAAAAAAUCCUGAAACUCGAGCCCUAUGAGAUUACCAUGAAUGGUUUUAAUCUAUUUAAGACAUUCUUUGAAAAUGUCAAUCUGUGUGAUCAUCGUCUUAAACGCCAGGGCACUCAGCUGUGUGUGGAGCGCCUUGAUCUGGCAGGCAUGGACUUCAUCUGGCGCAUCGCCAUGGAGACUCCAGAUGAAGAAAUUGCCAAUGAAGCAAUUCAACUCAUUAUCACAUAUAGCUACACUAACCUCAAUCCCAAAAUGAAGAAGGAUUCUGUUUCUUUGCACAAGAAGUUUAUUGCGGAUUGUUACAAGAGACUUGAGGCUGCUAGUUCAGCCCUCGGGGGUCCCACUCUCACUCAUGCUGUUACUCGGGCAACAAAGAUGCUGACGGCCACUGCCAUGCCGACUGUGGCCACAUCUGUACAAUCUCCUUCCAGAUCUACUAAGCUGGUGAUAAUCGAAAGACUGCUGCUACUGGCUGAACGCUAUGUUAUUACAAUAGAGGACAUGUACUCAGUUCCUCGCACAAUCCUACCUCACGGAGCGUCGUUCAAUGGACACCCCGUCACUCUCCACAUCACUUAUGAGUCAACCAAAGACACUUUCUCCUUGGAGACCCACAGUAAUGAGACCAUUGGAAAUAUCCGGUGGAAGAUAUCUGAGCACUUGAGCUGUCCAGUGGAUAAUGUCCAGAUCUUUGCCAAUGACAGUGUGCUGACCAUGAACCGUGACCAGAAGCUGCUGUCUCAGCUGGGCUUCAGUGAUGAGCAGAGUCUGACAGUAAAGAGCUCGGGCACCGGGACGCCCUCCGGCAGCUCAGAGUCGUCCGCCUCCGCCUCCAGCAGCUCCAGCUCUGCAGUCUUCAACUCUGCCUAUGCCUUAGAGCAGGAGAAGUCCCUGCCAGGUAUUGUGAUGGCAUUGGUCUGUAAUGUGUUUGAGAUGCUUUAUCAACUGGCAAACUUGGAUGAACCAAGAAUUACACUUCGUGUCAGGAAACUUUUGCUGCUUAUCCCGACUGAUCCUGAAGUUCAGGAUGCACUUGACAAU